AUGACCAUGAGCCUCUCAACUGGCAUGGUGCGCCUUUCCUUUGCGCCCACUCGUUCUCAAUGCCUCUCAAUACAAAAUCCAAGUCUUGUCCGACCUGCUAGGCAAAGCCAAUACAGGGGCACGGGUAUAUCUGCUCUGACAUCUAUCAAGCGACAUCAUACAACAGACACACAAGUCAGUCAAAAGUCAUCAUGGACUCACCCCGUCUAUUCAAAAGAACAAAUCCUCGCCGUCCGUACCGCCCACCGCCAAGCCCACACCUGGCAAGAUAAAACAGCGCUCAUAAGCGUACGUUUCUUACGCUGGGGUAUGGACCUAGUUUCAGGCUACCGCUCCCAACCAGCAACAAGCAACACCCUCUCCAAAAGCAACGUGAUGACAGAAGAGAAGUGGAUCACAAGAUUCAUCUUCCUGGAAAGUGUCGCUGGUGUCCCGGGUAUGGUAGCAGGAAUGCUACGUCAUUUGAAAAGCAUUCGAAGAAUGAGAAGAGAUAAUGGAUGGAUCGAAACCCUCCUCGAAGAAGCCUACAACGAAAGAAUGCACCUCCUAACCUUCCUAAAACUAGCCUCCCCAGGCCCCCUAAUGCGCCUAAUGGUCCUAGGCGCGCAAUGCGUCUUCUUCAGCGGUUUCUCCCUAGCAUACCUAAUCUCCCCACAAAUCUGCCACCGAUUCGUGGGAUAUCUAGAAGAAGAAGCAGUGAUCACAUACACCAAGGCAAUCCAGGACUUUGAGAACGGCCAUCUACCCGCUUGGAAGGAAUUGCAGGCUCCAGCCAUGGCUGUGAAGUAUUGGUCGAUGCCUGAGGGGCAGCGGUGUAUGCAGUCGCUUUUGUUGUAUGUGCGUGCGGAUGAGGCGAAGCAUCGGGAUGUUAAUCAUACGCUGGGUAACUUGGAUCAGGAUUUUGAUCCGAAUCCUUUCUCGGCGAAGUUUAGGGUUCCGGUUUCUGUUAGGGGGGUUGAGAGGGGGUUGAAGGGUUCGGGGAGCUGA